CCCCGCCCCCGCGGCCCCCACGCCCGCGGCCCGAGCGCCGCCCCCCAGCCGCGCCGCCGCGAUGGCGGAGGACAGCGAGUCCGCGGCCAGCCAGCAGAGCUUGGAGCUGGACGACCAGGACACGUGCGGCAUAGACGGGGACAAUGAGGAGGAGACGGAGCACGCCAAGGGGAGUCCUGGAGGGGACUUGGGUGCCAAAAAGAAAAAGAAGAAACAGAAGAGAAAAAAGGAGAAACCAAAUUCCAGAGGCACCAAAUCGGACUCUGCGUCUGACUCCCAGGAGAUUAAAAUUCAGCAUCCUUCAAAAAAUCCCACCAUCCCAAUGCAGAAGUUGCAGGAUAUCCAGAGAGCAAUGGAGCUGUUAUCCGCAUGCCAGGGCCCUGCCAGGAAUAUUGAUGAGGCCACCAAGCACAGAUACCAGUUUUGGGACACACAGCCAGUACCCAAAUUAAAUGAAGUAAUAACAUCUCAUGGUGCAAUUGAAGCAGAUAAAGACAAUGUGCGCCAGGAGCCAUAUUCCUUGCCACAGGGUUUUAUGUGGGACACUUUGGAUUUGGGUAAUGCUGAAGUGCUCAAGGAGUUAUACACGUUGUUAAAUGAGAAUUAUGUGGAGGACGAUGACAACAUGUUCCGGUUUGACUACUCGCCCGAGUUCCUGUUGUGGGCUCUGCGUCCCCCAGGCUGGUUUCUUCAGUGGCACUGUGGGGUCAGAGUAUCUUCAAACAAAAAACUAGUAGGGUUCAUAAGUGCCAUCCCAGCAAAUAUUAGGAUUUAUGACAGUGUGAAGAAGAUGGUUGAAAUCAACUUUCUUUGUGUUCAUAAGAAAUUGAGAUCAAAACGGGUAGCCCCAGUGUUAAUUCGAGAAAUAACUAGAAGAGUGAACCUGGAAGGGAUUUUUCAGGCUGUUUAUACCGCCGGAGUAGUUCUUCCUAAGCCAGUGGCCACGUGCAGAUACUGGCAUCGAUCACUAAACCCCAGGAAAUUAGUAGAAGUGAAAUUUUCUCACUUGAGUAGAAAUAUGACUUUACAGAGAACGUUGAAGCUAUACAGACUUCCUGAUGCUACAAAGACAUCAGGCUUGAGACCAAUGGAACCAAGAGAUAUCAAAGCAGUUCAAGAAUUAACCAACAGUUACCUAAAGCAGUUUCAUCUAGCCCCAGUGAUGGAUGAAGAAGAAGUAGCCCACUGGUUCCUGCCCCAGGAGCACAUUAUUGACACGUUUGUAGUGGAGAACUCCAGUGGUAAACUAACUGACUUCCUGAGCUUCUACACACUCCCCUCCACAGUCAUGCACCACCCAGCUCACAAGAGCCUCAAAGCCGCCUACUCUUUCUACAACAUCCACACUGAAACGCCGCUGCUGGACCUAAUGAAUGACGCACUCAUCAUAGCGAAGUUGAAAGGAUUUGAUGUAUUCAAUGCACUAGAUUUGAUGGAAAAUAAGACAUUCUUGGAAAAACUCAAGUUUGGUAUAGGAGAUGGCAAUUUACAGUAUUACUUGUACAAUUGGAGGUGUCCAGGAACAGAUUCUGAAAAGGUUGGACUUGUAUUACAAUAGGUGGAUAUAUUUCUAGAACUCUGAUAAUUUGUCAAUAUUCUAUUUAGUGAUUCCUGGAACUGCCAUUCCAAAGAAGAGUAAAAAGCACAACUUAAGUGAAAUUGAUGUGGUCGAUACCCCAAUCAGAAAAGAUGAAAAAAUCCAUAUGUGAACAACAGUACACAUUUCUAGCUAGAACAUUAACAUUCAUCCUUUUUUUCACUGUUGACCCAUUUGUAGGAGGGAUGAAAGAUACAGAGUACAUUCCUCUAGUUUUCAAACUUUUGGCUGUCUCCUGAUAAAGAAAAGGUACUUUUCUACUGUAGAAAAGAGACUGUUUUUCUAUGGACUGAACGGAAGUUACAGAAUCCUGUAAGAAAAUCUUUGCUAUUGUGUGAUGAUAAACUGCUGCAUUUCUAUUUAUUAAGUGGUGGUCUGUUUGUCCAUGAAACAGAAUGAAGGAUCCAUUUGGGAAAUUUUAACUUACAUAACUUUACUUGUUAUCAUUGGGAACAUUUAUGGAAUCAGCACUUGUGUAACUCAGUGAUGAGUGGUGAAUAUUUUAAAUGUAGAGUGAGAUAAAAAUGUGCUGGUGACCAGCACAUCUAUUUCUCCAGAAGCAAAGUUGCCAAAUCAGUAAACACAGAUUUGUACUUUGAUGUUCAUCAGGUCAGUUCAGGAUUAGUUCAAAAGCACAGUUCUGUGCAAACAUUAAGUGUGCCGAGAGUACUCACCUUUGACUAGACUUUGCUGCUGCACAGACUCCAGUUUUUCUCAGCAAUAGCAAGGACUUGUGAUGAUAGAAAAAAGCUCUGAAGUCAAAAUAAAUGCCCAGUGGAAUUUAUUAGUGCUAUCAGGACUGAUAGUUUGAAUGUUUUUAUUACUUAUGCAAAAUUGCACAUAUUCCUUUACGCUGACUUUAUCAUGCAAGUUGUCAUGCUAAUGGAAAAUGUCUAAUGUGUAAAUAAGUCCCCAGUUUUGUUACUGAUGGUGUUUUUACCUAGAAUUUGAAAAACUAAGUUUCUCAGUGUACAUAUUUGUUUAUAUAUUGGCAAUAGUCCAAGGAGUAAAAAGAUGCUGAAUGAGGCCACAUAAGCUGACCUUGACUCAAAUACCACAAAACAGAUACUUUUUCCUGCCUUUACUCUACCAGUGCCUAGGCUGCUCAGUCCAGAAAAAUUUAAUUACUUUAGACAACAUGACAGCCUUUCUUUCAUGUUAUAAGUAGUCAAAUGAAACCAAUCACAUCUUAUACCAGGCAGGAGCUAGCUAACAGGCCCAUGAGCUAAAUCCAGUCUGUCACCUGUUUUUGUACAGCCCAUGAGCUAAGAAUGGUUUUUACAUUUUUGAAUGGUGGUGGGAGGGGGAUCAAAAGAUUAACAUUUUUUGACACUUGAAAAUUAUAUGAAAUUUAAACUUCAGCAUCCAUAAAUAAAGCUUUAUUGGAACACAG